AUGAUCGAUCACGCGAAUGCUCCCAGGAUUGUUAUUCGCGGUUUCAAGCCUGGCCAUACCUCCAACCUCAGCGGACAAUCGAGCUUCGUCUUGGAGACUGAUGCCAGCCAGAACUGCGACAUCAUUCAAGAUCACAGAAUGUGCCCGCAAAGCCCCAUGGCACAUAUAUCCACUACCGAUAGGAUCCCAAUAAACAACGAUGUCAGUCCCCGCCCCUCCCAGGGAGACACUUCGGAGGAAGGGGUUACCAUUGAAACUGAUAGCGGGGACGAGAUUGACGAGAGCGCCAUCGAGGAUUCAGACAAUGGACUCUGGGAAGAUGAGGACAAUGAAGAGAGUGGCCCUCACAGUGCUGCAAAACCUCUUUCGUUCCAGCGAGGCAAAUCUGAGCCUAACCUCGCCCUGCGCCAAUCGCUCCUCACCUCCGCCCUGCACCAAGUUGACCGUCCAUUAGCUCUCCAGAACGCUGCAUCGCGCUCCUCACCUGCGAUCCGCUGUUUCCGCACAUCGACUCCCAACGGCCCGUCUACCAGCAACUCGCCCCAAGAGGAUAGUGGCCUCAUGAUGACGCGAUCGCAGACCUCUCGCUCCAAGCCCAUUAUCAUGACCACCUCCAACGUCCACCCACCUGCUAUGUCUCCCAAGACGACAAGACGCAACAUGCUGGCCUUUGAGCUCACCACAAGCCUUCGACAGGGCCUUCUGUGGGAGAGGCAGCAGAAGAAUGCUACUACCGACGCAGUGACCAAGCGCCAAACGAGCGCAGAUGGCCUGCCCGCCCUUCGUCGAGCUAUGACCAUGGACAAUGUCAAGAGCCUCAACAACAACGUUGAACAACAACAACAACAACCCCACAAAUCUAGCGCUACUAAGAACGACAGCAAGCCCGACAGUCACUACAACCAGUUCUUCGAAGAUGGACUUGGCGGUUACAACAAGUCAGGCUGGUAG